AGGCGUUUGCCGGAUGUGGAGCAUGCGUACCAUAUCUGAAGUUGAUAAAUUGAAAUUGAACACGCGUGGUUAGCCUUUCUAAAUAGAAGAAGGGAAACGGGGGUUGAAAAAAGACUAACCCUCAGCAGAGCUCUUCGCAUAAGGAGCAAGCGCAUUUAUUUGUGCUAGGUGACCCACCCCCUUGUGUUUUAGGCUAGGCCUCGUUUGUGGCUUGGCAUGUCGAUAGUGACAGUACAGUUGGGGCAAUGUGGCAACCAGAUUGGCUUCGAAGUGUUUGAUACUUUAUUUAGAGACUCACACUGCUCCCAGGGACUCUGUUCCAAGAGAGAAAACGAGGCAUAUCAAGCAUCCUGCAAAGAAAGAUUUUUCAGAGAGGAAGAAAAUGGAGUUCCAGUUGCCCGGGCUGUUCUUAUUGACAUGGAACCUAAAGUUAUCAAUCAAACACUAUCAAAAGCUGCCCAGUCUGGCCGAUGGAAAUACGGUCAGCACACAAGCUUUUGUCAGAAACAAGGAUCUGGGAACAACUGGGCAUAUGGUUACUCUGUGCAUGGACCGAAGCAUGAAGAAUCUAUAAUGAACUUAAUCCAAACAGAAGUGGAGAAAUGUGACUCUUUGAGUGGAUUUUUCAUCAUAAUGAGCAUGGCUGGGGGAACAGGAUCAGGACUGGGAGCCUUCAUUACACAGAAGCUACAAGAUCAGUACUCCAGUUCCUUGAAAAUGAACCAGAUUAUAUGGCCUUACGGAACGGGCGAGGUUAUUGUUCAGAACUACAACUCCAUCUUGACUCUCUCUCACUUGUACCGGUCUUCAGAUGCCCUUCUCAUUCAUGAGAAUGACGUUGUCCAUAAGAUCUGCGCCAAACGGAUGAACAUCAAGCAGAUCUCCUUCCGAGAUUUAAAUCGAGUUCUUGCCCACCAGCUGGGGAGUGUGUUCCAGCCUACGCACUCUGAGGACAGCUCGUUUCACUACUGCAGAAAUCCACUCGUUUCUGGAAUUGUGGGACCAGGCCUGCCUCAUGCCACGAAUGUUUGUCUGGUGGCUCUCUACCGUAGACCUAUGUUUCUGUCUACAAACGGAGACUUAAUGGAGCAUUUAGUUCCUCACCCUGAAUUUAAGAUGCUGGGUGUCCGUAACAUUCCUCAGAUGUCUGCGGAGUCUCUGGCGUACAGCACGUUUACCUGGGCUGGCCUCCUCAAGCAUUUAAGACAGAUGCUUAUUUCCAGGGCAAAAAUGGAAGAAGGUAUCGACUGGCAGGUGCGGCCUCCUCUGUCCGGCCUUCCACCGAUUGGCAAGGCAUCUGCCCACAAGGAACCUCACUUUAACACUUCUCUCGCUAACUUGGUCAUCCUCCGAGGGAGAGAAGUGCACAGUGCCGACGUGGGGGGUUUUAGAGACGCAGCUCUCUACACUUCGUGGUUGGAGCCUGCAGAUGCUUUCAGUGUCUGGAAAACCCCACGACCCUUUGACAAGUAUGAGAAAUCUGCAGCCCUGGUCAGCAAUAGCCAGCUCCUAGUGAAGCCGCUGGACAUGGUUGUGGGCAAGGCGUGGAAUAUGUUCUCAUCCAAAGCCUAUAUCCAUCAGUACACCAAGUUCGGAAUGGAGGAGGAAGACUUUUUGGACAGCUUUACAUUGUUGGAACAAGUUGUUGCCAGCUAUGGUAGUCUUUGACCCUAAGCCAAGAGGAAAAGCCCUUUAUAGGAUCUUUUUUUUUUUUUUUUUUUUUGGAGCUGGGGACCGAACCCAGGGCCUUGCGCUUCCUAGGUAAGCGCUCUACCACUGAGCUAAAUCCCCAGCCCCAGGAUCUUUGAACUAAAACAUUUUCAAAACUGAGCUGUGCUCAGUGGUGCUUGCCUGUGAUCCCAGCACUCUGGAAUUAGAAGCAGGAGGAUCAGGCCAACCUGAUGGACAGGUUGAUGGACAAGACUACAUGAGACCCUGUCUCAGACCAGAUACGUAAAUAUAAAUACUUGCUUUCAAAUUCAUUCUGUUAACAACUAGGACGCUGAUUCCAGUUUAUGUGUCCACAGACACGGAGAAAACACUUCCAGUAGAGUGUGGCAUAUUUUCAGGGGAAACGUGGAUUUGGUAUUUUAUUUGUAAGAGAAAAAAGCAAUCCUUCUGUAAGGAACCGUUUUGUUGAGAUAGGACCCCAAACUGUUGGGCUCAAGAUCCUGACUCAGCCUCCAGGGUAGACUCUGCACCUUGGAGUCCAGUUUAAAGGAACUCGGCAGACACUUGGCUGUAAGAAUCCAAGGAGAGGGAAAUGAUCUGUCGCUCUCCACGUUUCUAAUCUUCCAUUUAUAAUGAAAAAGAGUUACUUAACAUGAUCUAAGCUCCCACGGUUCAGAUGAAAGCAACAUAGACUUUUCAGUGUACAUGUGUGCUUUUAAAAAGAUUUGUUUUUAUUUGUGUGUGUGUAUAUACAUGUGUGUGCAUGUGUGCACAUGAGCAUGUAUGAAGCUACCCAUGGUGGCCAGAGGGUACGUUAAAUGCUAUGGAGAUGCAGGUGAGUUCUGACCCUCUACAGUACAAUGCUGAGCCAUCUCCAGUGUGGUUUGUUUGAUUGAUUGUUUUCACUUUUCAGACAGGGCCUCUGUAGCCCAGGAUAGCCUGGGACUCUCUCCAGCCUCAGCUUCAGCUUCUGACGUGUUAAGCACUAAAGCGAACUUGGGUCUGAGAAUUACAAUUCUGUCAAUAUAUUUGCCUUUAAAAAUGAUUGCUUUGAACCACAAGGGGGAGAUGUUGUCAAAUGCUACACUGUGACCAUCGGUUCCAAAGACAGUGAGAUACUCUUUAUAGCCAUUUAAAAAAGAACACUGGGCCAGGUGCAGCUGUGCCCUCACUCAGUGGCUGGGACAGGGGGAUCUGUUCAGUUUGGAGUUCUGGUCAAAAGAAAAAACUGUAGAUUGUGUGACAGAUGGCUGUAAUCCCAGUCCUUGGCACAGGAAGUUAAGGUGACCAGGAGCAAUGAGCAGCCUUGAGCACACACCAAGCUCCAGGUCAGAUAGGGUAUGCACACCGAGAGACCUCUUCUCAAACACCAAAGCCAGGUGUUGGAGAUGCAGCUCAUCAGGUAAAGGCACUGGUGGCAAGCCUGGCAUCUAAGACUCAUCCCUGGACCUCCAUAAUCCAGAGAAAAGAGAAGCUGCUUCUCUGACCACACUUGUGCCAUAGCAUCCGCAUGCCCCACACAUGUUAAUGAAAUACUUAUUGUGAGGCAGGGCCUCACUGUGCAGUCCUGGAUGACCUCGAACUCUCUCUGUGGACCGGAUUGACCUCAAACUCUGAGACUAACUGCCCCUGCCUCCUGAGUGUUGGGAUUAAAGGCUUGGCUACCGUA